ACCGCGCGCGGAGCAGCUGAGAGGGGAGCGUCAUGGCGGUGUAGAGAGGAUUACACUCAAUGUUUACUUUCUGUUUACCGUGUUUUUUCUGAUUACACUCUGGUUUACCGGCAACAGCGCGGAUCUUCUGCAGCCGCGGCGACAGCAGACGUGUGUGUGUUUCUUUGAGCCUCUGCUACACACACAGAGCGACUGAUCCAGGUUCAGGUCGGUCAGUGUGUUUGCCGUCAGUAGGACUGUGAUCCUCUCAGCUGCCGUCCUGGAGUCAUGGUCGAAGAGGUGCAGCAGAGUUUGGAGGCUCAUGGGAGCUCUGGACUGCAGGUCGAACAGGUCCCAUUUGCGCUGCUGCUCGGUGAGUGUGUGGAUCAUGUGGAGAAAACACAGGAGUGUGUCCUUGCCUUAACCAGCUACCGCCUUCACAUCAAACUGCAGGAGAACAGCAUCAGUGUUCCUCUGCAGCUGAUUGAGAGUGUGGAGAGUCAUGAACCGACGCAGAUUCAACUCACCUGUAAAGACUGUAAAGUCAUCAGGUGUAACUUCCUGUCUGUGGAUCAGUGUCAGGAUUGGCUGCGGAGGAUCAGUGCAGCGUCUGGACCGCCGGCUCGUCUGCAGGAACUCUUCGCUUUCAGCUUCCUGUCCUGCAGCAACAGUGUGACUGCAGAGGACAGAGAGGUGCAUGAUGGGAUAUGCAGAGCAGGAGGACACAAGCAGAGGUUUAAGCGAGAGCUGCAAAGGAUGGGCUUCGACACACACAGUGCCUGGAGAAUCUCCAACAUCAACAGCAACUACAGGGUUUGUUCCAGUUACCCGGAGCAGAUCUUGGUGCCGGCUGCAGUCACUGAUCAACAGCUGGAGAAUGUGGCGGCAUUCAGAUCAUGGAAGAGGAUCCCGGCCGUCGUUUACAGGCACCAGAGUUCGGGCGCUGUGAUUGGUCGAUGCGGGCAGCCAGAGGUCAGCUGGUGGGGCUGGAGAAACGCUGAUGAUGAGCAUCUGGUACAAGCCAUUGCUAAAGCCUGCGCUACAGAUCCGGCAGCAAACACAGCACUUGCUAACGGCUCCUGUGUUCACAAUCAUGCUAACGGCACCAUCAGUGGCUCCGAUCCUCACAUGGCCAAUGGAAAGGUAGAGGCGGAGCCAAGUGCCACGCCCUCUCAGAAGCUGUUAAUAAUGGACGCACGCUCAUACGCCGCAGCAGUAGCCAAUCGGGCUAAAGGAGGAGGCUGUGAGUGUCCAGAGUAUUAUCCCAACUGUGAGGUGAUGUUCAUGGGAAUGGCCAACAUCCACUCCAUCAGGAAGAGCUUCCAGUGUUUGCGGACGCUCUGCGCUCAGGUCCCGGAUCCACUAAAUUGGCUGUCGGCGCUGGAGGGCACAAAGUGGCUGCAGCAUCUGUCUCUGCUGCUGAAAGCGUCUGUGCUGGUGGUGAACGCAGUGGAUAGAGACCAUCGGCCCGUGCUGGUGCACUGCUCUGACGGAUGGGACAGAACACCACAGAUCCUGGCUCUGUCCAAACUCAUGCUGGACCCCUUCUACAGGACUAUAGAGGGUUUCGAGGUGCUGGUGGAGACGGAGUGGCUGGAUUUCGGUCAUAAGUUUUCAGAGCGCUGUGGUCACGGUGAGCGUGCAGACGAUGUGAACGAGCGCUGCCCGGUGUUCCUGCAGUGGCUGGACUGCGUUCAUCAGCUCCAGAGACAGUUCCCAUGCUCAUUCCAGUUCAACGAGGCCUUUCUGGUGAAGCUGGUGCAGCACACAUACUCCUGUCUGUUCGGGACGUUCCUGUGUAACAGUGUGAAGGAGCGAGAGGAGCAGCGCGUACAGGAGAAAACCUGCUCUGUUUGGUCUCUGCUGCGGCCUGCCAAUCAGUCCUUCCACAACAUCCUCUACUCUCCACGCUCAGAGACGGUCUUGCGUCCUGUUUGUCACGUGAGGAAUCUGAUGUUAUGGAGUGCUGUGUAUUUGCAUAACUCCGCCCCUUCCACACCCUCCGAUGAGUCAUGUGUGCCACAGUCCACUCCCUCAGCCUCACCCAUAGACACACCUGUGAGCAGGUUACCAAAGACUCGAUCCUAUGAAAACCUGUCCACAUCGUGUGAGAAUCUGACCCCGAACCGCCGCAGCAGUGACCCCAGUGUGAAGGAGAAGUGGCAGGAUCACCUGCUGGCCUUGAAGAUUAACGGAGAAAACACACACACAUCACCUCUGCAACACACACUCGCCUUAAACACCACAGCAGCACACACACAAAAAACCCUGGAGCUUUCUGUGACUGACAGCCAAAUAGAAAACACAGAACAGGAAGUGACAGAAGAGCUAAAUAGGAAGCUGGAGCUUCUGUGCAGCACAUCCGUUUCACAGGAUUCAUCAUUAAAUAUGAAAAACAAUGACCAAAUAUUUCCUGAGGACAUUUCACACAUAGACACUACAUCAGCAGAUGGAUUACAUCACAAAAUUACCCAUAAUCCUUCACAAUCCAGCAGCCAAUCUUCCAUGGAAAGCGAUUCCAGUUCAAACCACACAGCUCAGAAG